AUGAGUUCAUCUGCUAAUGGAAAUAAUAAUUUUGAUGACCCUCUUUCGGCUCUGGAUGCCGCUUCGGGAAAGAUCAGAGACCUGGAAAUGAGAGUAUGUGACGUUUUGACCAAACAGCAAGAAAUGCAAAAUGAGCUAUAUGCUCUGAAAAUGGAGCUCACUGAAGGAGUUCCAGAGCAAGCUGCAGAAGAAACUUCCGACAUCCAAUUUCCUGAAGACUAUCACUUCACAGAAGAGCUCAAGAAGAUUAUGGAAGAUAUGCAGAAUUCUCAAAAAGCGUGGAUAGAAAAUGUGAAAAAUAUGUCAAAGGCCGAAACGGGAAUCACUAGAACUGCUUCGGACGUAUUCAGGGACAUGGAAAAGCAUCUCAAGCAGAGACUGGAAUACCUACAGGCUGCAAAGACAUUAAUCGAAGGGCCUCUUGUAGAAGAGCCUCCACCUCCUCCACCCCCACCGCCGGAGCCUGAAGAGCCUCCGGAACCAGAAGAAAAGAAAAAGGGAAAGAAAGAUAAGAAAAAGAAGUAG